AUGCCCAAUCACCAGGGCCUCACCCCCUUCAAGCUGGCUGGAGUGGAGGGCAACACUGUGAUGUUCCAGCACCUGAUGCAGAAGCGGAAGCACAUCCAGUGGACAUGCGGGCCGCUGACCUCCACCCUCUACGACCUCACAGAGAUCGACUCCUGGGGAGAGAAUGUGUCCUUUCUAGAGCUCGUGGUCUCUUCCAAGAAGCGGGAGGCUCGCCAGAUCCUGGAACAGACCCCUGUGAAGCAGCUGGUGAGCUUCAAGUGGAAGAAAUAUGGGCGGCCGUAUUUCUACAUCUUGGGUACCUUGUACGUGCUCUACAUGAUCUGCUUCACCAUGUGCUGCAUCCAUCGUCCCCUCAAGUCCCGCUGUAGCAACCGCACAAAUUCCCGAGACAUCACCAUCCUCCAACAGAAACUGCUCCAGGAGGCCUACGUGACUCAGCAGGAUAAAAUCCGGCUGGUGGGGGAGCUGAUGACUGUCUUUGGGGCUGUGGUCAUCCUGUUACUGGAGAUCCCAGACAUCUUCAGGGUUGGUUUCUCUCGCUAUUUCAGACAGACUGUCCUCGGGGGGCCUUUCCACGUCAUCACCAUCACCUACGCCUCCCUGGUGCUGGUGACCAUGGUGAUGCGGCUCACCAGCACCAGCGGGGAGGUGGUGCCCAUGUCCUUCGCGCUGGUGCUGGGCUGGUGCAGUGUCAUGUACUUUGCCCGAGGAUUCCAGAUGCUGGGCCCCUUCACCAUCAUGAUCCAGAAGAUGAUUUUUGGAGACCUGCUGCGUUUCUGCUGGCUGAUGGCUGUGGUUAUUCUGGGAUUCGCCUCAGCGUUCUUUAUCAUCUUCCAGACAGAGGACCCAUCCCGUCUGGGCCAGUUCUAUGACUACCCCACGGCGCUGUUCAGCACCUUUGAGCUUUUCCUCACCAUCAUCGAUGGCCCCGCCAACUAUGAUGUGAACUUGCCCUUCAUGUUUAGCAUUGUCUACUUUGCCUUCGCCAUCAUCGCCACGCUGCUCAUGCUCAACCUGUUCAUCGCCAUGAUGGGCGACACACACUGGCGGGUGGCCCAUGAACAGGAUGAGCUCUGGAGGGCCCAGGUUGUGGCCACCACGGUGAUGCUGGAGAGGAAGAUGCCUCGCACCCUGUGGCCUCGCUCUGGCAUCUGUGGGUACAAGUACGGGCUGGGAGACCGCUGGUUCCUGCGAGUUGAGACCAAUCAAGAUCAGAAUGCGUUUCGAGUGCGUCGGUAUGUGGAAGCUUUCAAGGGCUCAGACAAGGAGGAAGGACAAGAGAGUCUUUCUGAGAAGCAGCCCUCAGUGGUUGAAAGUGGGAUUCUAGCCAGAGCCUCCCUGGCUCUCCCAACUCCUUCCCUGUCCCGGACCACGUCUCGAAGCAGCAGCAGUCACCGGGGCUGGGAGAUCCUUCGUCGCAAUACCCUGGGACACUUGAAUCUCGGGCUGGACCUUGGGGAGGGGGAUGGAGAGGAGAAUGUCUACCAUCUGUGACUGGGACCCCUGUUACUCUUGUCCCGCCUCCAGGUAGUUCUGGGUGGGGGCAGAGAGGGAGACAUCGCCUGUGCAAGUAUCUGACUUCCGUGCUUGUUAAUCGUGGGAGGGGUGGACAGAGUAAGUCUUAAAGGUCGUGUCUUCCCUUCACAUCAGCAUAUCUGGGGAUGAGCAAAGGACCCCACACAUCUUCUGGCUUCUUGGAAGUUCCACAUCUUGGGAAAGAAGGUACCUUUUUGAGCAAAGUUAGAUUUGGCAACUAAGGACACAAGGUAGGGGUGCUAGACCCCUGACCGGGCUCUCUCCAUUUCUGCCCCACGUGGCGCUAGCUCCUCAGCUGUGGCGCCUCCCUGGUUGCACAGGGCUUAUAAUGUGGGAGGAGCCAGGCACGGCAUUGAGCGUUUCACCUUCUCCUGCGCCCCGUACGACUCUUUCUCCUAACAACCAAGCCCCAACUAGAAAAUUGCAAAAAAAAGGUUCUUUAUCCUUCAUUUAAAAAAAGUGUACUGUAUAAUAAGAUACGCAUAAUAUAAAAUUUACCAUUUUAACUCUUUUUAGGUGUACCAUUCAGUGGCAUUAAGUACAGUCACAUUGUUGGGUAUCCAUCACCACUAUUCAUCUAUGGAAUUUUUUCGACUGAAACUCUUGUAUCCAUUAACUAUUAACCUCCAUUACCCCCUCUCCAAAGCCCCUGAUAAGCAGUAUUCUGCUUUCUGCCUAUGACUUUGAUGGCAUUAGGUGCCUCAUGUAAGUGGAAUCGUACAAUAUUAGUCCUACUGUGCCUGGCUCGUUUGACUUAGCGUCAUGCUUUCAAGAUUCAUCCUUGCAGAACAUGAGCCAGAACUGCAUUUCUUUUAGAGGUCGAAUAAUAUUUUAUUGUAUGUACCUACCACAUUGUGUUUAUCCGUUGAUCUACUGAUGGACAUUUGAGCUGUUUUUACCUUUGGCUGUCGUGAGGAAUACUGCUAUGCCCAUUGGUACCCAACGACCCGUUCCUGCUAUUAAUUCCUUUGGGCCUGUAAUUAGAAGUGGAAUGGCUUAAUCUUAUGGCGAUUUGAUGUUUAAUUUUUUGAGGAACUGACAUACUCUUUUCCACAGCAGCUGUACUGUUUUACAUUUCGUCAAGCAAUGCACAGGCUUCCAAUUUCUCCACAAUCUCACCAACCCUAGUUAUUCUGUUUUUUUGUUUUUUGUUUUUUUGAUAAUAGCCAAUCUGAUGGUUACGCAGUGGUAUGUGAUUGUGGUUUUGAUUUGCAUUUCCCCAGUGACCAACAAUAUUGAACGUCUUUUCUCAGGCCUAUUGGCCACUUGUAUAUCCUUUUUCUUGGAGAAAUGUCUCUUCAAAUCCUUUGCCCAGUUUUUGAUUUGUUUGGGUUUUGGUUUUUUUUUUUUUUUUUUUUUUUGGUGGAGGGAGCUGUUAUUUUUUGAGUUGUCUUAUCCCGGCUUUUUGAGACUCGGAGUCUGAAGUGUUUGCAUCUCAUUUGCAUCCUGGUGUGAAUUUUAAAUAUGUGUAGUAAAUUAUUUCCUUCCUAUGCUUGGAUGGCACCAUCAUUUAUUUCAUGGGACUGUUCCUGACCUGUCCCUCAAGUUGCCCGUUAGCAGCAGCUAAUUAUCCACAAGUCUGGAGGUAGCAAACUCUUGGCUGCGUCUCCUGCCACAGCCAUCCUCCACCCCCAUCUCCCUUUGCCCUUGUGCUGGGCUGUGGGGGGUACAGCAACAACACAGCAUGGGCCAUCCCUUUCUAGGAAGGAAAUUGGGAAACUAGGUGUCCAGGGCACCCAUUACAGCCCCACCCUGGUCUCCAGUGCUAACAUCACCCCCACCAAAAAGCCGUAACAACUUCUAACAGGACUGUGGUCUGGAAUAGCAAAAAAGGUAAGUGAUCUGUGAGACCGCAGGCAGGUUCAUCCAGAUACUCACUCAAUGCCCAGAUGAGCUUGGAGCGCGGAGCGGUCACACAGUUGUGCAUGCACACGCUCACACGCACACCGGAACACAAGUGGUAUGGUUCCUAAACGUGCUCAGUUGGGGUGAUUCCCCUGAUUUUCCUUCCCAGCGGAAGCGCCCCCUCUCCUGUGUAAAGCCCUACUCCCAUCCGUGUUCCAGAUGCGGUUCCCCUUCUGUCUUCAGGCAGCUGUGUUCAUCCCUCUGCCCCCUGACUCUUCUCAUUCUUGUAUCUUCAGCCUCCCUCUCCCCACUGGCGAUACCAGUCAGCACAUGACCUGGCUCUGCUCUUUCCCAUCUUCAGAGACAUUGUAAUCGCCCUCUCUCAACUCCCAUUUCUCCUUUCACCUCCUGCCCUGUCUUUUUACUCCAUCCUGAGGGCCAGACUUCUUAAAUGAAGAUUCCAUUGUCUACUGACACUGAGUCCUCACCCCACUGUGAUCUGACCUGGCCUCUCCACACUGCUGAUAGCAUUCUCAGCAAGGUGACCUACCUGUCCCUAAGCCCACUGAACGGUUGAGUCUUGCGCAAACUCUCUGUAGCGUUCAGAUGUUCGUCAACCACUCACCACUUCUCAGCCUGUCUGGUGCCACCCCCGCCACCACUCCAUUUCAUUUCUACCAACUCCUUCAAUAUUUUUGGUCCACAAAGCUCUCUGUUUCCCUCACCACCUGGGAAGUUCUGGCUCCCAUCCAUAGAUGGUAUUGACACACAUUAAGAUUCCUGAUCCUUUAUCUUCACUUUAGAUCUGUCUCCUGAGCUCUAGGCACCAGCAGCUUGGAUGCCUAUCUGUUGGACAGCUCUAGCAGGAUAUUUCACAGGCACCUCAAACUCAACAUGUCCCAAACUGAACAGCUUUUUUUCCUCACCAAACCUGCUCCUCCACCAGCAUGUCCAACCAAAUAAGCAGACAAAAUUGCCUAAGCCAGACUCCUAGGCGGCGUCCUCAACACACCUGGCUCAACUCUCAUACCCAACCGUAACCCCCACAAAGGAGAAGGUGAUGGCCAUCUUAUUCACCAUUGUGUUCUCAGUGCUUGGCAUAAUUCCUGGUACAAUGUAGUGUGUAAUAAAUAUUCAUUAACCAAAUCUA